AUGGGAAAUUCUAAUAAAAAAUCUGAGUAUGGAGACAUUGCAAUCCGAACAGAAAAACCAUUUUAUUUUGCAGGCGACUUGGUUAGAGGUAAUAUCUUUUUGAACAUUUGCAAAUCAGGUUAUCAAGGAAAUAUCAUUGAAUUUACAGUUCAAGGGAAAGAGAAGACUGAGUGGGAAGAGGGAAGUGGUGAUGAACAAAGAACUUAUAAAGGGAAAAAUAAAUUCUAUUCCUAAUCAGUUCCUAUAUACACAUUUUCAAAUCAGAUAGCGUAAAUUGGAUAGUACGUAUUUCCUUUCCAAUUUUAAUUGCAUCCAAAUCUUCCUGGUUCAUUUCACCAUAAAAAUCAAUAUGAUUGUGGCUCUAUAUCAUACAACGUGAAAGCAAAAUUUACAUCGACAUAACCAAAUAAACCAAGUAUUCGAAAUAAAUAAGAAUUCAUGGUUAGAGAACCAAUCAAGUAAAAUGUAGUUGGAUAAGAAUAGGAAAGUACUACUAAUCUAACUGAAUGUUGUUGUAAUAAUAAAGGGAGUUCAAGACUCAAAAGUUUCUGUGAUAAGAAUCAUUAUCUACCAGGAGAUACUGCCUAAUUAACUAUUGAGGUCGAUAAUUCAAAUUGCUAUUUGAAUAUUGACUAUUUUGAAAUAGAAUUGCAUUAAGUGUUGAUAUUAAAAGCAAAUUACUCCACAACUAAAUUAGCCCGAAAAAUAUUAACCUAAAGAAUUCCAGGAAUUCAGGCUCGAUCUAAAAAUGUUGGCUCUGAAAGCAGAAACGUUUCAAUAACUCUUUUGAAUUAAAUAAGGCCUUAAAUUGAAUUAACUCCUACAACUAAUGGCAAACUAGUGAAUCAAUAAUAUUAUCUCAGGGUUAAUCCAAAAUUUGAAGGCUGUAUUUGUUGUUCACAAAAACCUGUUAUAACUUUCUAGAUAGUAUUAUUAUAUCGGAUUCCUUCUGAUUACAUUUAACCUCUUCCAUAACCGCCUGAUUGGAAUCCUUAGACAUUUGAGCCGGUUUUGAUUGACUUUGAGCAUUAAUAUCAAAUGAAUAUUGCAAAUAAUAAUAUGCAAUAAAAUGAUCCUUUUAUGAGCAAAUAUUGA